AUGGCUUUCAGAGAUGAGGCUGGCAAUCAACCAGCAAAAGAGAGAGAGAGAGAGAGAUCUUCUGUCUGGGAACCUGAAACCUUUGAGCAUCUCUUUCUCAAGCAUCCUGAAGCACUGUCAUUUGGUCCUCUACUUCUGGAGCCAGAAAUAGUGUUGGAAGAUGUCAGUAUUGAUAAAGCAGUGAAAAAAGAAGACACACAAGACUUACUCGCUGUUGGGUCACUGUUUGCAACCGUUCAAGACUUUGAGCAUGACUCAGCUUGCUCUAGUGGUCAUUUCAAUAGUGAUAGUCUCUCUGAGAGUGUCCAUGAUGUCAAAACCAGUGAAGGAACUACAGGACAAUCUAAUGUAAAAUAUGCAACUAUUAUAAGCACUUCUGUAUCAAGUAGGCUUUAUGAGCCACCAAAGGUUUUAAGCAGUUCUUUUGAUAGACUUUUGUUAGACCAUGAUUCUUUAGUUCCAACUUCUUUCUCUAGCGGUUCUUGGGUAGUGGGAAAUCGAACUUUUCUGAUAUUACCAGAUUGCCAUCCAUGCCCAUCCCGAAAAGCUUUGUCCCUCUCUGUUGUUUCAUCUGAGGGCUUCUCAGAACCUUCAGACCAGGAUAAAAGUUUCCCUGAGGAAGAUAGUCCAGAGAAGAGCAUGUUCUACUUAGGGAUGAACUCAAUCAAAAAAAGUGAAAGUAGUCUUUUUUUAACAGAAAAUUCAAAAGUAGUGUGUCACUUUCACACCAAUGCUCUAUUCAGAGGCAUGAAGUUUCCACAAGAUAAGCCCUCCGAUCUAAAUCUCUUUAACAACACAUGUGAAAACCCUGUUCAGUCCUUCAUACCGUACAUGCCACAGUUUCAGACCCUGACAAUUAAACUUCACGAGACAGCCAGCAGCAAAGCCUAAGUUCAUAUUGGUACUUAUCACCUUAAUGGUGGCAUUAACGUUUUACAUCCAACAUGUUUUCCUAUUAAUAACCCUUUUUAAAGGUUGGUAUUUUGUGCAAUGAUUUGCCACAAGUUCAGUUCUUACCAGCAGUCCACGUACUUUCUCUGGACGUUGUGCUUCUGUUUUGAGGAUACCACAAUGUCCCCAGGUACAUCAAACAAACAUCAACAUCAUUUUGUACUUGGUAAAAUGUGACUCUUCUACCAGAUAAUGCUAUUGUAUUUCUGUGGAAUGUGAUUGAAUGAAAAUCAUGAGCAUGUAAUGGAUAUUUGUGGUAGUGUUGCUAAUUUGACAAGCAACCAAAUCCUCUCCCCAACCACUCCAUUACUGCAUCAUUUUUGUGAACUAUUUUUUAAUGCACUAAAUAUUUAAUUUGUUGUGGGGACUAGACUCUUUCCAACUGUGGAAAGCUAGUGCAGGAGAGCUCAUUAAGCCUUAUUUCAUCAAAAAGCAAGAUGACCACACUCCUCUUCCUCUACCACUUAAUUAGCUUGCUUCUUCUUUUAAAAAAAUGUGAGAAAGGUUUGGGUGGAUGGGAUUCACUAACCUUCCCUUCCCUGCGGACGAUCUGUUGAAGAGGUUGGGUGCGUGGAUCGUGUGCCCAGGUGAUCCUCUGCUGCCCCAGGCAGCGUGGAGGGCUGGGGUUCAGGACACAUGGUCCCAGCCCCCAGAAAUCCCAUGAUGCACAAUGCAAGUGCGUGGUGUAUUCUGGGUAUCCCCCCGGUGAGAGGCAGGUGCCCCGCAGUCUCCAGCCCUGGCUGGAAACAGCCGGGGCUGGCAGACAAUUGAAAAAAUUGUCCCCUGCUAACUGGGCAAAGAGGCACCUUUUAUCAUGGUGAUUCUCUCUAUUUAGCAAUGGGAGAGUAACUGGCCCUAUCCACCCCCAGCACAGUACUUCCAAUGACUGUUGCUGGUGUCUAUCUUAUGUUUCUUUUUAGAAUGUGAGCCCUUUGGGGACGGGGUUCCAUCUUAUUUGUUUGUUAUUUCUCUGUAUAAACCCACCCUUAAAGGUACCCCCCUGCCUUGGAGCCUUCCCCUACCGGUUCCGUGCACAUUCAUUACAUUGCCCAUCCAUUACAUGGAGACAACUAAUGAGCUAUUGGUACUGGAAGAUGCUUGUGGAAGUGUUAAAUGUAAUUGAGACAUCUGUUAUUGGAUCAUGUGGAAAGGCCCUUAAUACACCCAUCUAUAACAGAUUUUUAUGACAAUCCUGUAGGGCUUUUACAAUGAGAAUUUGCCUUAGACUGCCCAAAUAAGACCUUGUAUCUACUCUCACUCAGUGCUCAUACACACUCAUGUAACUCCUUAUAUGAAUAAAAUGCUAGUGUGUUGUAGUGGUUUGACUAGGACUUGGGAGUUGCCGGUUCAAAUCUGCACUCAGCCAUUUGACCAUCUUGCAGAUGCUGGACAUCAAUUUCAUCAUCCCCAACUAUUGGCCACUGUGGCUGGGAAUAAUGGGAGUUGUAGUCCAAAAAUAACUAGAGGGCCAAAGUUGUGCAGCCCUGAUAUAGGAAAUGGACUGGUCCAUUGACAGUAUUGAAUUUCUGCAAUACCAGUAAUGAUGAUUGGCACCACACUGACUGCAUGGAGAGGAGCCUUGUGUAAUACAGGAGCACCUACACCUUGUCAGCCUUGAUCAGGCUAUUUAGAUAUCAAAUAAUAAAGCCAUUUGCCCAGUUUAAUGGGGUCAGUAGCAUCAAGUUUUAACUUGCAUGUUUUUAAAUGAGGGUCAUAGGUGUUGCUGUUCUCAGUAAGGUAAAGGUAAAGUGUGCCAUUGAGUUGGUGUUGACUCCUGGCAACCAUAGAGCCCAUUCUACCCAUUUCUUUGGUAGAAUACAGGAGUUUACCAUUGCAUCCUCCCGUGCUGUAUGAGACAAUGUCUUUCAACAUCUUUCUGUAUUGCUGCUGCCCAAUAUAGGUGUACUGGAUAAUUAUUUAAAAAGUCAGCAAGCCUGCCUCUCAAACCUUUAAAGAAAUUAAAUGUAGUAAAAGCUUUUCUGGUAAAUAAGUAACAUAUUAGCUUUUGUUUCUAUUACAGUGUGACUCUUCAACAACUGUAAGUCACAUCUCUUUGUCCAAUAAAAGAAAGCACUGAAAUAUGUCAGAUAUUACAAGAGCUCUGCAUGGUCUUAGUGAAAAGAUUCACAAGGAAAUUGACAUGACAUUCUGCUGUUCACUUGAAAGCAUUAUAGCAUGCUCAUUUUGCAGCGGAGAUAUUUCAUUUAAAUAGAUACAGUCUAAGAUCCAACCAAAUAUUUCUGUAAAGGUAGAAACAAAGACAGGCUCAGGCUUAAUUGAAGAAAGUGGGAGGGGUGGCAACCGAACACAGUUCCCUCCACAGAAGCAGCAGCUCAACCCACCCUCAGCACUUACUACCAAAUACAUUUCUAAAGAAUCAGUAUUGCUCAAUGUGAAGGACCAUUGCUUAAAAUCCUCUUUUUAAGGGUUUUAAAGUGCAAUGUAUAAGAGUUAGUGUGGUCUAACUGUAAGAUGGGAGUAAGUUAUGAGAGAAAUGCACACUGUGAUUAUUUGUAGCGAAGACAGACUCUCUGUGGGAUCAUGAAUAAAAACAUUCCUCUCCAUAAACAGAGCACAUUAGACUUGAAUCACAUUGUUUGCCCAUGUGUUCUUUUUUAUUGUGUGUAAAUAGCAGCUGUGGUGGGCCCCAACCAUUAUUGACAUGUGCUGUGGGGAAGGGUUGAUUAAUGGGCUCCCUCACAGCUGUUUGUUCCAGGAUGGAAUUAUAUAACCACCUUCCUGAAGCAAAGCCUGUCCAGAGAUACUCAGUGCCUAGAAGGAGACCACCUAGGAACCUUAUAUACUUCUGAGUUUCAUGAUGAAGAAAGGUAGUAAUGUAUACAUAGUUUUGUUUUAAAUUGGGCACUAGUGGCAGCUAGCCUCCUGAGGCAAACUACUACUACUAUGAAUAUUUAUAAACUGCUUUUCAACAAAAGUUCCCUAAGCGGUUUACAGAGAGAAAUAAUGAAUAAAUAAAGAAGAUUACUCUCUGUCCCCAAAGGGAUCACAAUCUAAGAAGAAACAAGAUAGACACCAGCAACAGCCACUGGAUGCUGUGCUGGGGUUGGAUAGGGUCAAUUGCUCUCCUGCUGCAGACCCUUGAGAGAGAGGGUGUGCAGACAGAAAAUGAAAUUGGGAGGUUCAGCCUUAAUCAAUUAAUUACUAAUGAUGCUUUCAGCUGUCUGUAGUCAACCAUAUGUCAACCUAGUACUGGUCAUGUGUUGUGUGUUAUUUAGGCAAUAAGGCUAAGGUAGGUGACUUCUAUGUGGCAAAGUCAACAAAGCUGACUUUUUUUCAUUGUAUAUUGAUCUACUAAAGUGGUUUUAUAAGUGCCCAGAUCAUGACUCAAUAUUCCAGAUCAGUUUUUCAAAGCUGUUGUCAGGGUGUGGCAAAUCACAAUUUUGCCAUAUUUACAAGUAUACUCCAAAUUACCAAAACAGUUGCAAAAGACAUCUGAGCAGGCUCUCCAAAAGAUGCAAAACUGAGUGAAUAUCACAAUGAUUACCUCACACAGGCAUCCUUUUAUCAUUCAUGCUAGCCCACCUCCUUACAGCUUAGCCUUAAAAAACCAGCUCAUACCAAAUGUUCAUCAUACCAAAGGAAGAGAGUUAGUCUUCUGGUAGCAAGCAUAACUAGUCCCCUUAGCUAACCAAGGUCUACCAUGUUUGCAUAUGAAAGGGAAACUAGAAGUGUGAGCACUAGAAGAUAUUCCCCUUAGGAGAUGGAGCUGCUUUGGGAAGAGCAUCUAGGCUCCAAGUUCCUUCCCUGGCAUCUCCAAGAUAGGGCUGAGAAAUAGUUCUGCCUGCAACCUUGGAGAAGCCGCUGCCAGUCAGUGUAGACAAUACUGAGCGAGAUGGACCUAUGGUCUGACUCAGUAUAUGGCAGCUUCCUAUGUAGAGAGUUUCCAUAUUGCUACCUACUUAAUAGAUGCACAUGGCAUAAGACCUCCUCUGAGGGAGCUGUGUGGCUUAUCGAUCACCAGCUUCACACAUGUAAAUGUGUAUUAGAUCUAUUAUUGGUUUUGUCAACAGGCGAAUAAAUAGCCUGGUAUCAGUACAUAUAGCCUGGCAAAAUGUCUUAAAAGCUGCAUUUGGAAUCCUAGAUCUUUUUACCAUAGCUCUGUUCUCUGCUAGCACCUUAACUUUUCUUAUUGCUGUGCCUCUGAAUCUAAACACUGUGCCUUACUGGUUUUUAUGUUGCUUAGUUAAUUGUAGUACUCAAAACCUGGAUUAGUAGAAUGCAGGGCCCAGCUUCUAAAGAGUUCACACAAAAUCAAGGGUCGUUGUUGGCUCAAGUAACCUAGGAUAACCAGCCCCUACCCUUUGAAUGCCUUUUUGAUAUCAUGACCAUCUUUUUACCUUUAUUUAAAACAGACCAAAGCAGCAGCAACAACAAAACCCUUGGUUCACUGCAUAGUGUUCCCUGGUGCAGACUCUGCUGCUUACAGUUAUAAGACCUGACUGCCCUAAAAUUGGGGUGUGUGUGUGUGUGUGUGUGUGUGUGUGUGUACGCAUGCACACACACAUAUGCUAUUGCUGCUGUGCACUCACCACAGUUGUUUUGAAUGUUCAGUUCCAUGUUUUAACCUGCAACCAAUGGGAAAGUCCCUUCUUUCUCAAUAGCAUGAUCCUUUGUUUUGGGAUCAUGGUGGCAUAUAAUAACCAGGCAGAAUAAAUAUACUAUACUACCUAGAGCAGCUAUUAAAUCCCAAAACUGACAUCCGGUCUUGUACUUUAUCUUCACACUUAAUUUAUAAAAGAUGCAUCUGCAUAUUCCAGAUCCACCAUCUGCCACAUUCUAUGCCCCAACCUAAUAUUUUAGUAAUUAUUGUAGCUAAAGCUAGUGAUAGCUAAAUUAUGUUUUUAACAGUGAAGAUUAGAAAUAUUGGCAACUAUUAUGUAAUGCUUUACUUAAAACUGCUCUUAAUCCACACCUAUUCUGUAAGAAAACCCCGCCCCCGCAACCCUGGUAUCUUUCCUAUGUCUUUAGAGAACCGUGUUGAACCUUCUUGUAAAGUACAGUAUUCAGUUGUUUGGAAAACUGGGGGUGGGGGGGGGAUAUGAAACAUGGGUACAGUUACAAGCUCACUCAUCUGAAUUGUCUGGGAACAUUCAAAAGCACUGGAUAAUAAGCACUUUGCAUAAAUGUGGGUAGUUUUUAUAUUAGUGGGAAUGGAACUUACAUGAAAAUGCAAUGAGGUUGGAUCAUGAGAGUUUUAAUCAUGUUCCCAGUUCAUACAUCACACAAUAGACUUAUUCACAUAAUCAUCUGAAUCUAGGUUUACUGUAGGUUACCAGUAUUGGCAUGGAUGUGUAAAUCCGUUCCAAAGGUGGGAAUCUCUGGCUGUAAACCACCUUGGCAUGGGUUCACACAAUCACUUAAAUGUUGGUAAUCCACACUAAACCUAGAGUCAAGUGAUUGUGUGAAAAAGCCUAAAAGCUGGAAAUUCGUACUGGAAAGUAAAAAUUAUGUGGGUCACCAGUAAACUCUACCUUAGACCUAAAUGGAAGUUAAGUAAUUAGAUGGAGCAGAAUUUACCAGAUUUUAUCUCAAGCCUUGUUCAUAUGCACAGAUGUUCAUUUAUUUAUGUCCAUAGAAAAUCUGAGAUUUUUAAAAGAUGCAUGACUGUUGGUCCAAAAUCUUUCUUCUAGAGAAUAGAAUUGUGUCUGUGAGUAGGUUCUCCCUUAUGUGCUUCUGGGUUAUUCUUAAAAUCUUUAUUCAGAAGGGAUUUCAGUAGUUUUGUGAGGGGUGAAAUAAUGCAAUAAUUUGGCUAAAUGGAACUCUGUCUACAAAAUCUCAUAGGCCGAGUAGAGCCACAACUCUAGUUGAGCCACCUGAGGUGGGAUUUAUUUGUAUACAGGAGAAACUGGGGCAAGGAGUCAGAAUUUAGAACAUUAGAUGGAUUCACUUUUUGUCUUGCACUAUCCAGGAUAUAAGGGUUUGCCUUAUACCAAGACAGACCAUUGGUUUAUUUAGCCCCAUAUUUCUGCUCUGGCUGGCUUCCAAGCCUCUCAGCAAAGGCCUUCCCAGCCUUGUUACACUGUUAAAGCUUUUUAGCCAGAUAUGCCAGAGAUGGAGUGCAGGUUCUUAUACAUUCUUCAGCUCUGAGCUAUGGUCCCUCCCUAUCUUCAGCAGGACUUCACAAAGGAAUUUUUUCUACAUGACUACUUUUUUUAACUGCUCAGGCAAGGGAGAACACUUGAGAUCAAUGAGAAGUGAAAGAUAAAUUUCCAGCCCGAGAAGGCAGAAGUAUUUCUGCACAUCAGGCUUCUCCAGACUCCAAAACAACAGUUUGGAAUCUUUGUGUGGUGCCUUCCCUCACAAUACUUGUGGUGUGGAAAUUUAUUGCAUGCUGUCACAAGCAACACAUGUUGCAUCCUGAUCUUAUAGUGUCAAUUGCAGAUGUUAAGGGAGCCAUCAUCAGUGGCACUUCCCCCAACACAAUUAUGCUAAUUCAAUAGCAAUGCUCUUAAGGUGCUUCUGUGUGUCAUACGUGCAGGAUCCCUCAAACAAUUCCAUGCUUCUGUUGACACACUAGUGUCAGGGAUAUAGAAAAGUUAACAGGAGGCACUUUGGCUGUGCUUAGACUUUGGCUAUUUACCACAAUUGCGUUGGGAAAGGAAUAUUCCCCCAGGAUUGAUCUGGCAGGGGAGCUGGUAUGUUGAUGUUUUUCCAUUUUCAGACUGGAUCAGAAUCCCUGAAAACCAUCCCUUCCAACUCUGAAGAUAUAACUGCCUAAAUGCCAUGCUGUGCUAUAUUAUAUGAGUAUGGCUGCCCUAGGUCUAAUCUAGUGUUGGGAAUUGUGCAGUGUAGAAAUGAUCAUGACUACAUUUAUCAGCUCUGCUGACUUAAACUAGUGGAGUGAUGGAUAUGGAGAACAGUAUGUAAAUAGCUUCCCAAUUCUCAGUGCAAAGAGACUGCAAACCUCUUUGCUGCAAUUUCUGCACAUUUCCACAGACCCUGUGGCAUAGAAAUAUAUUAGAGAGAUAAGUCAACUGUUUAUAUGUCCACUUGAACAUGGAUUAUAGUCUUGUCAUGCUUGUUCAGGCUUAGUGGCUGAGCCCAAAUUGCACAUUUACCUGAACUAAUGGUUUUGUUCAGGAAAAUUCAGGAAAGGUGCUAAUGAUGGUUAUUUUUUAACCCACACCUUCCUGCCAAUAUACCUCAACCAUGGCUAAGUGCAAAACAGGGUUGAUUAUUAGUGUUGACAGUACAAUUGUAAGUUUGGCUGUGGGAUAAAUUAUUUCUCCAACUUACACUUGAAUACACAACCAGGUGGAACAUACAUCCAUGACAAAUUUCUGAUGACCUUCAAGAAUAUAACUUAGUUAUAUUGAACUCACAUGUGCUAUUUACUGUUACGGGUCAUUUGCAGCUAUAUAUUAAUGCUAGAUAUAUUGAUUUAAUACACUCUGUUUUAAAAAUUGUGAUUAAGUAGCAAGUACCAAGUUGCUUUUCAUGUGUAUUGCGUGUCUGUAGGAUUAUGGUCUGUUAACCUCUCACAUCAUUCUGUAUGUUCUCGGUAUUUAAAUGUAAAAUGUUUGGGGGUUUUAUUCCUGCCAAAACUGUGGCUUGAAUUGGGCUUUGAACCAUGAUUUCCUAGCUGCUGGAGUGUAAAUUUAGAUCGUGCUUUAUAAGAAUUGCCAGAGUACUUUUGUAUUUAUUUUUGUGAAUAAAAUGUUUACUGUUGAG